CAAACAUACCGUGCGUGUCUCCUUUCCCUUUCUGGUUCAGAUUUAUACUUGUCUGCACCACCUUGUUUUCUCUUUUCUCUUAUUUGUUUGACAUUAAAAUAGCCACUGGCUUACUUUGGAGCCAUUCGAAAAGUAUGGGGGUCACUCUGGGUUCAGGAACAACGGUAGAUCUAGAGAACAUACCGCUACGGCAGUUCCAUAACCUUUCGAUUCACCCAGCAACACCAGUGGUCAUUGUUGUGUCGUAUAUCGCCAUCGUGCAGUGGCUAAAUGGCUCACGCAGCAAGUCUCUGUCUCCGAGUCGAGGCCAAACGCCACGUUUGUUGUCCUUGCACAAUGUGCUGCUCGCUGGGUUCUCGUACUGGUGCGCGACCAACUACACUUCAUUUUUCGCCAAUGUUGUUGACCAGGAGAGCCUAAAGGAAGCGUACUGUGACUCGAACCUGACAAUAUGGAACAACAUGUACAAGUUCAACUACCUGUUCUACCUCAGCAAGUACUACGAACUCAUUGACACGUUCAUCAUCCUAGCCAAGGGCCGCAAGGCUACGCUCUUGCAGACAUAUCACCACGCGGGUGCAAUUACAACAAUGUGGCUGGGCUGCUACUUUGGCUCACCGCAGCUGAUCUUUUUUUACCUGACGCACCUGCAGAUUGGCCAGUUCUUGCUGGGACUGGUCUUCAUUGCUCUGUAUAUCACCCUGCCAAACUGCUUGACCCCGCUGCAAAAGAACCUGAUAUACGUCAUGCUAUCGUACCUCAUUCCGCUGCUGUACUUGUUUGUCGACUUCUCCAUAAAGACAUACGGGAGGAAGAAGAAGACAAAGACCCUCUAAUACAAGAGGUGGCAUUUGGCGUGCCUGUCGCCGCGAUUGAUGUGCUCAUCCACUGGCCGUCUCCAUCCCAAGCCCCCUCCCCUACACAGACCUACGUUUUAUUAUUAUUUUGCUGAUUUGUCUUUCAUCUUAACUUCCCUAUAUGAUUCUGAUAAACUGAAAUACCCCUCAGCCUGUGAGGUGUGCCACUGCAGCGUGCCAAUGAGGGGAGAGCGCCAAGGCGACCUAUGUGGUGGCACAUAUUCAUUGUUCAUAAAGGCGGAAAAUGCAGAUAGCCUUCGCAUUUUGGUCAUGAGGCUGGGGAAGGAAAUGGACCACGCAAGGGAACAAAUGCAAACAACGAUGCUAGGCACGCAUGCUGAGCAGCUAAGCACGCUGGACAAAG